UUUUUUAGUAUUGCCGGAACAACAACUGUGCUACAAUCCAAUGCUUAGUAAAGAAAUUAACAUUGAAAUUCAAUGCAUCACUGAUAAAGUUUUCCCAGAAGCGAUUUGCGAGUUUUUUGUCAAAUCUGACGUAAGUAACAAGUUUUACUGUUAUUUGGUUGUUUUAACGUAAUUAUACCUUGUCUGGCAAAAAGUAUUUUGAAAUCAAAUCAUUUUACUUUUUAGCAUCUUUUUCUUUUGUAAUAUGAUAAUUAAAAGAAAUAUAUGCAGAGUAACAAAGCACGUUUAUUAAAUAAUCAUAUUUUUAAGUAAAAUAACAAAUGUAUGGAAAGAAUUUUGUAUACGUAUUAAAUUAGAAUGUAUAUAAAAAUGACCUAUACUGACAUCAGGCCAAAGAACCGAUAACAUUUAAAUGCGUUCCAACUCUUAAAAACAUCAUAGUUAUUUCCUUUUAUUUUACGGAAAUCGAAUAAAUUUAAAUAAUAAUAAAGUUCAUUUCAAAAACACACUUCAUCCCAUAAGGCUCGAAGCGCGGUACAAAGUCAACAAAAAAACGGCAUAAAUUUUUAAGUAUUGUUAUUAUAAAUUUCCAAGAGAUUUAAAGUAUAAACUAAGGAACUAUUUUAAGGGAUUUAUAUGUUAAAAAAAACGGCAUAAAUUUUUAAGCAUUGUUAUUAUAAAUUUCCAAGAGAUUUAAAGUAUAAACUAAGGAACUAUUUUAAGGGAUUUAUAUGUAUGUGAAAGCUAUUAAAGAAAAAAAUUAAUAAAAAAAUCAUGAUCAAAGAAUUACACCGCAAUCACAUUUAUUGAGAAAACCCAAACAUCAGUUGUUUUUAAUGCGUCUUUAAGUGCGUUGUUAAUAUUGCGAAAUAAAAUUAAAAUUAAUUUGUUAUAAAUAAACACGCAAAUGACGGCAUGGCACGAAUCGUCUAUGUUAGGAAAAACUCUUACAUUUCUUUGAUUUAAUAAACACGCGUUAGAAAACGGAUAAUCUGUUUUCCCCCUUCUCAAAGUAAACUUUAAAAAUAUAAUUGAUAGCUUUUCAAAUUGUUAAUAAAACACAAAAAAUUGUAGCUCUGCAUUUUUAAUAUUUAAUAAGUUUUACCUUUUUACUUCCAAAAAAUAUAAAUUUAUUAAAUAUAUAACGUAAUAAAAAUGUAUCCUUUAAAUAUACCUCUAAUAAAUAUUUUUUUUUAUUAGAGGUAUAUUUAAAGGAUACAUUUUUAAUUGCCCCGUUUAAGUCAAUCAGUACAGGUAAACACAAUAAACAUAUAGCAUUCACUAAUCCAUUUAUAAACUCAUCCAAUUAAGAACAAAUCAUAUGAAGUGCAAAAUAUGAUAGUUGGGUUAUGGAAGGGACUGCAAUCCGGUGUAAGAUUUUAUUAGUUUUAAUUUUUUAAAAUCUUGAUUAAGGGGGGGGGGGAGGGAGGGGUUGGCCAAUUCGCUCCAAGCACAAGAUAUUUCCCAGAAUGAAGGAUUAAAUUUGGUAAAUAAUUAAUCUUCUUGAGGACAUACAUAUCAGAGAUAGUAAAUAGGAUGUGUACAUUUUUACAUAAAUGUCAAUAUAUUUAAAUCCAUGGUAUAACAUUUGUAAAAAAAGAGAUGUUACAUUAUCUUUUUACAAUAUGUUAACAAAUUAAGAAAAUCAGUGGCGUUAACAAAACGUGGGUACAUUUAAUUAAAUAUACCCAUGAAUAUGAAAACCCAAUCAUUUUACACACUUGAAAAUUUAAUUUUGAAAAAUGGAGAUGAGUUAAUAUUUUCUUUCAAAAAUAAUACUUUUUUUUUUUUUUUUUUACUUUGCGAAAAGUGAAUUUGUUGUAUUUUAUUUUAUUUUGAAAAAUGGAGAUGAGUUAAUAUUUUCUUUCAAAAAUAAUAAUUUUUUUUUUUUUUUUACUUUGCGAAAAGUGAAGUUGGUGUAUAUUAUUAUAGGCUUAACAAUUUUAAAAGAAGACACCCAAAUCUUUUAUAGACGUGAAAAACGGUUUCGAGAUUCUUCUUUAGAAUUGUUUGUUUUAUGAUUUUCUGAUAAUCUAUAAUUUUUUAAAAAUUCAAAUUGUCUUUAAAUUUUUAUGAAUAAAACAAUAGAUAUCAAAUUCUUGUAAUAUUAAAUACUAGAUGUAGCCCGCCAAACGUUGGCAACAGCAACUUGUGAACUGCCCAUCUACUAAAGUUUCUUGACCAAAACUUGAACUCAAGUUAAGCACAUUUAAGAAUGCGAAAUUUGCUACACACCUUCCCCCCCCCCCCCCCCUCUUUUCAUGAUACGUCAUUGCAAGUUUUUUUUAUUUCAAGCCCAUGAACUAUAUAAAUAUAGCAAACCUGCGGCUUAGCAUACGCCGCGAGCUUUGCUGACAAGUGAGGAUGGUGCAGGAGGGGGGCGGUAGCUCCACCGCAAUUCGAAUGUCUCAAAACCAAUGAUGGGCACGCAAGGGUAGAGAGUGGAUGGUUUGCCUGCGUCUUUCUUGCUUGAGCGUAUCUAUAUAUAGCCUGAGUGGUCGUCGUCUUCUUGUUUGCCCUACUUCUGGCGAAAUAUAUAUAGAGAAAUUUAUAUCAUAUAUAGAGUUUUAUUUUAACAAUUUUUUGAGAAAAAAGUUGUAACUCAAGGACAUCAAAAGGGAUAAAUCUAAAGGAUUUCUCUAGGGUAGAAAUCGUCCCUUAAUUACCUUCUGUAGUGCCAAAUUAUAUAUAAUUAGUGCUAAUUUAAAUUGGGUAAUUUACGGUCAUGUUUAAAGGGGGAAAAUGAAGUUUAGAAGCGUGAAAGAGAAUAUGAUAGGCAUAUAAUAUAUAGCAGAUACAUACUUCACAAAACUUAAUGAUGUUAGAAACUUAAAUAUCAUUAUAUUUUUUAAGCUAUGAAUUAAUUGUAAUGAGGUUUUGCAAUAGCAGGUAGAAGUUAUUGCAAACGACCUACCAUUAUUAUCCCGAUAACAUCGGGUACUUUAUUCUAGUUUAAUAUAUUAAUACACCCAAUAAAAAUAGAAAUAUACAAUGUAGGCACAAUGAUUCCGUGUCAGUAACAAGUAUAUAUAAGACUAAGAAAUCGCCUAAAAAGUAUUUUUAGCUAAUGAAGUUUGACUUUAUUUUGCAACAAUUCUUGUUUACUCCCAACAAAUUUGAACUUUUUGAGUCAUGGGCUAAGUUCAGUAUGCCUUUCCGAAAAGUAGUUAGAACAAAUAUUUGAUGAAUGAACACUUUAUUCUCCGCCAAAUGUUGCGUCUGGUGUUUCUCUUAAGUAUUUCAUCGUGUAAGUAGUAUUUUAGGAGAGCAUGAACAGCUUUUUUGUAUUCAAGUGUUCUCUCGAAGUUCAGCCAUUUCUUUAUCACUCUUCUGCUCAUCAAUAAAUUGUAUAGGCAAUAGUGAAUUGUAAUUAUUUGACACUUUGUGCUUAGACUUGUGAGAAAUGGUAUUCCAAGAUCAAUUUGAAAAUUGACUUAUUUAAAUUUUGUGAUAUCUCUUUCUGGGAGUCUUUGGACGCAGCCACGAGUCAUUAAUAUCAAAUGAUGGAUGUAACUCAGAUGUAACCUUCACUUGAGAUCAGUUAGACACAUUUUAAGGAAUAACCCUGGGUUCGGCUAUCAACUUCAUACCAGCUAAGUAAUUUCAUAAACGUAACUAGAUGCAGUCAAAUGAUAACCUUGGUCGUACACGCAUAAACACAGGUUCGGAGAUUAGAUCUGACUUGAGAUCAAUAUGAUAUUUGUGUUCAUUAAUAAAAUGAAGAAUAUGGAAUUAAACCAUUCAGCAGUAAAGACUAUGGAUCAUCUGUUUUUUACAUAAAAUACAUAUGUCGUAGGUAAUAAAAAUCGUUUCAAUAUGAACGUUAUAAAAUCUUGUUCAAAUCAGUGGUUUCUGGUGUAGAAAUUUGGACCUUGGUAGGAAAUUAUUUUCAAAGUUUUGGGAUCAUCUGGCUGAGAUAGAGACGGUAAACAUCUGAGUAGAGUCACUAAAACCUUGCACUUAAAUACUUUAUAAAAUGAUUUCUGGCGCUAGAUCUUUUUUUUAGCAAAAUGAUCAUGCUGAAAUGCUCAUAAAACUCGCAGUCGAAGCAAAAACUUGGCUAAAGACGGUAAACUAGCCUUAUUUUUAAGUACAAAACUCUUGAAUGAGUCGUAUUAAACAUUGAUAAAGUGCGUAUGGACAACUAAAUCAAAGCAUAAACAUUUUGUAACAGACCAAAUUGGCUGUGAUUUUACUCACAACACUAUCAUGUCACGAUGGCGUAGUAAUUUGAUCAUAACUUUGUAAUAUCUUGUAAAUCACAAGAAAAGAGGGGGGAAAAAUCUCUAGAGCGGAAGUACGCUUGACGCUCAUGUAGAGCGGGAGUGCACGAUUUUAUCUGACAGGGAGCAGACCUGUUUUACUUUCUCUCGUAUGGAUUAUUGAAGUAUUGAAGUAUUGUGAUUCAAUUGUGAUGUGGAAUAUUGUAUAAGUGUGUGGUUAUUGUAUCCUAGAAUUAUUACAAGAUAUCCUCUUUGCAAGUCUUAUUACUGUGUUUAAUUUAUAUAAUAAAGUACUGUAUUAUUUUAUUGGACGUCAAAACCUCAAUGUGUGAGAGGACAGCUAAGUUUGAGGAGUGAGAGAAUUAAUAUUCAAAUGAGAGUGGCAUCCAUGACAGUGAGCAAAGUAUUAGCUAACUAUGUUAAGGAUUGCUACAUCGGCAACAAUAGGAUGUGUUACAUAUUAGGAUUUUGAAAAGAGACGUGCAAGUGAAGACGUAUAGUCUUCUCAUUUUCCUACAUGUGUUUCCAACAAAUAUGCCACUUAUGACCCUUUUUUACUAUAUGCAUACGCUCCUUUGAAUGUCAUUCUUUUGUGCCAGAUUUAUGUGAUAUUUUUAAAGAUUUGUUUUAAAUUAACACUUUUGCUUGACGGUGCUUGUCUUGUUUUGUGUCUAACUUGGAUUCUUUCUAUGUUUUGGACAAUUGUGAGCAGUUUUCUUUCUUAACAUGUUUGUCAAAUAUGAAAUUUCUAUAAAGGCUAUCAGUAAAAAGUAGUAGCCUUUUUAAAAUCAGUAUAUUCAAUUCUUACAACAUUGUAAAGACAAUAUUUUUUUUGUUUUCCGUGACUGUUAAGUAAAAACUUUGCCGUCAUUCAAUAAUGCCCAUAAUUUUGCUAUGUAGUUUUCACGGUGCUUCAGUUUAGCUAAUUGAAACUCAAAUGCAUUAUUUUAGGAAUGUUAUAUACCCCUUAAAAUUAGAGCCACUUACAAAAAAUCUAUAGAUUCUACACAAAUUCGUUUCAAUAUUAAGAUACGGAUCUAAUCAUUCAACAAAAGCUAGAUGCUGCAUGUUAAAUAAAAUGUUGAACUUCAGUAAAAUUGUUCUGAUUUUUAAUUAAUUUAAAUUCAAUUGUAAACUAAAUAAUUUGCAACGACUUAUUUUUGGUUGCAAAAUUUCCUUUUUUCACAGACUAGUUAUGUCGAUAUCUUUUUCAACACGGUCGAUAGUUUCAGUUUUUAAAUGUUCUUGUUACGGAACAAGUAUGUCCUGAAUAACGCUAUAAUGUGGAAUAAGUUAUCGAAAGCUCUAACGUUAAUUAUUUUCAUAACUAUUACUUUUUUUUUUACUGAUGGUCUACGGGCAUUACGGAAUCCUAAGUUGAAUGAAUACAGAAAUAAUAGACUAUACAAUUCUUAAAGUGACACCUAGCUUAUUGUCAAUAUAAUUAUAAUACAACACAUACUUAUUUGUAAAAUACGAAGGGAUUUCUUUGAUUUAAACUGUAAGCUUUUGGUCCUCUGUUUGUUUUCCAAUCUGUGAGAAAACUGUAUUUUAAGAAAAUCGAUACUAAUUUUAGUGAUUCUAACAAUUUUUAAUUAAAUUAUAAACAUACAUUUUUAUAGAAAUACGAAUUGGAGUAGAGAAGCAAACAAAAUUUUACAACUUACAGCAGGGGUCUCCAAACUUUUCAGCCCGAGGGACCCAUCAACUAUCAAACAGCGAUUCGGGGGCCGACUACACUCGAGGUUCAAAUAAAAAAUAAUCAAAACAUAGAUGUUGUUUAUGUAUUACUAUUUCAUUCAGUUAUUAUUUAAUGGCACAUUGAUACACGACACAUAAACACCUGUAUCAUUUGGAAUGGUGAAAUUGUUUCCUGGUUGCCAAAAUAGCUGUGAUAAGCAGACAUUUCUGGAUUUAGAUUUGAUGUCCCUAACAUCAACAGUGAACUGAGAUUAUAAUCCGACAAAUUUGAUGUGAAAUGUACAUUGAUGCAAAUGUUUUGAAAUUAGGAAAAUAUUCCUUGGGCAAAAACAAGUUAAAAACCCAACGGUCCCUUGAACUUGUCCGUAUGGAGGUCAUUUGCUUGCAACUCAAUGACAUCCAGCUGCAGCUCAUCUGGGCGACUGGCCACAUCUGCUUGAAAUGGGUUUUGCAAAAGUCUAACUUUUUCUGCCCUUUAAAUCCAAGUCAGAAAACCGCUGCUGACCCUGCAGCUGGAGGUCUUUGGUGAUCUCGCAUUCAAAUGACAUGGGGAACUCCGCGGUUGCUGCACCCAUGAAGACGGUCCACUGCUGAAAGUGUGUCAAGUUGUUGGUCUGUACUGGUUCGAAUGUACUUCCGGCUGCAACAAGAUGGCGGAGAAAAAACCAAAAAGAACACAAAAGGAAGGAAACAUGGAUUUUACAAGAAAACACUUGCAUGAAAUAGUUCUUUCUUUGGAAUAUAUGCUUAAGAAUCUGUAGAGGAUCAGAAUCUUUAUUUCUGAUACGCAAUUUUUCUCUCAACAACAUUCCGUUAACAAAAUCUCCAUUGUCACUAUACAAAGGAUACCCUCCGCUACAACAAGAUGGCGGUAUAAUAAUACACAAAACGAAGGAAUCUCAGUGUGUAUGCGCUUCAGUAAAGCAAGGGAGAUAGUUAAAAAUGAUUAUUGGAAAUUCGCUUCGGCGCAAGAAAAUUCGAAAUUUUAAUUAAUUUUAAUUGUUUUGCGGUUUCAUUCCGGAUCAGAUUUUAUACUGUAACAACAGAUUUUCUCCCUCUAAAUAUAACUACAAUAUAGAUUUACUGGUAGGUUGAAUAUGAAGAAGCCAUCUUGUUCGGAAACAGCUGGAAGUCUCUGUACUCAGCUCUCACAUGUGGUUCCAAAAAGCUGUAACAUGCACAGCGACCACAACCCAGACAACGAUUCCAGGUUGAGGGUAGCCGAAAGGCAUAGAACUUUCGGGGGAAAAGGGCUUGUUUCCCAUAGCAUGUAAAGACUGAAUCCAGCAAAUUGUGCAGAAGAACCACUACUUGGUCAACAGACAAAAAUCAGAGACAGCAUAGUGGUGUGAAUCGCUGAGAGCAUGGCCAGACACGUAGAAUGCCAUGGUCAUUCACUGCAUGGGUGACUGGGUGGCCGAAUGGUAUAAACUGAGCAAAUCUCAAUUCCAGCCAAGGGCCGGUCAAGCAAAAACAUCAGCCCCGGUGGAUGAGACUCGUUAACCUUGGUCGGCAACUCAUCUGAGAGAAGGAAACUCUGAAUUCAAACCCGGAGUUGGAGUCCCAUAAGGCGCAUAUAAUGACAAUUCCUGCAACCGUACCCAUCCCUGGUCGUCUUGACGUAGAGUCUUGCCACUGGAUAUGGUGGGCCCGGACGACAGAGUGAGGUUGACGCCGAGCAAGUCUUCCUAACUUUAAACAAAAGUCACUAGCGCAAGUAAUCAGUCACCGAACGACUCGAUGGUCAUCGUUGAUCCUUGAUGGAUGAACAACAACUUGUUAAAAAACAAGACGAAUUUGGAUAUGAAAGCCUUUAGAUGGAUGUAAAGAUCAGAAACUAGAUUUUCCUCUCCUUGUAGUUUUGAGGUAAAGAAAGUUUAAAUAAAUUCUUAUGUCUGCAUUAAAGACCAAUUUACAUAUCCAAUAUUCAUCGUACAGUAAUAGCUGUUUCUUGUCUCUUCUUUCCAGGAAGUCACAUAUUUCCUUUCCAAACUUAAAUAAUCUGUUCAGAAUUCUAUUACGACUUAGCCAUCUUCAUUCUUUGUAAUAUUAUAAUUCUUGCGAUUCUGUGUCUGUAUCUUUCAAAAGGUCUAUGUUUGAGCCCAUGUGACCUUAUUAAAUUAACCCUCUUCACUACAGGGUUCAGUACACAGCUAAUGUCCACAUAAUUAGCACACAAGCUUUCUGCUGAAUAAUACAGUGCAGGAACACUGGUUGCAGAAUUUUUUUCUCAUAACACAUCUGUUUCACUUGUCUGACCCAGCCUUUCUUUAUGCCACUCUUGUUAUUUCCUCCGUCAACAUUCAGGCAAAUUAAUCAGCAACUGUUUUUUUUUUAAAUCAUUGAAUAUAUCCUCUCGUGUGACAGUACGGAAGUCAGCUCUUUUGUUGUGUUCAUGUCUUCAUCCACACAUCUAACGAACACACGCAGUUGAGAGGUGGAACAGCUGUCCAACGAUUUAUCCAUUGCAAUUCAAAAUUGGCGAAACUUGCUUGCAUUUUUCGCUAUUUGAGUCACAAUGUUUUCACCCAUAUCUGCAAAAUGGUGGGCAAAGCUCCGCCACUAGAUGGCUUAAAAUCAUCUCAUUGACUGUGAACGGAAGUAGAAAAACUAAGCAGCGAAUAAGGUUAUGCCAAACUAAUUAUAAAAAGUGUUGGACUGCAAUAAAGCUUUCAAAUAGAUUAAUAAGACACGAACAAAUUGUGUCAAUAUAACAAUAUAAGUUACGUUUUAAUAAUAAUUAUACAUUAUACACAAGUAAACGUUUAGGCUCAUGCCAUCAUCAGUACAAACAAAAAAACACAUUUAAAAAAGUCUAAAUUAAAUUUACAUAAUAUAAAUAUAAUUAUCCUACCUAAAACAGAUUUAAAAAAAGGGGAGGGCGCAAAAACCAGACAAAAACCGAAUAAAGUGGAGUAGAAAGGAAGUGAUUUGAACAUAAUUGUAAAAACCAAACAGAAAAAAGACAUGACAGCUAAGUAAAAUUGUGGAUUUGGUUCAUUCCAUAUGGAGACAACGUACCAAAUCUUGUUAUUAAUUUGUUCUCUAUAUAGAUUAAAUAUGUACUGUUACUAGCAUAUAGUAUACCAGUAACUGCGAUGUCUGAGAUACCAUCAUGGUAUGGGCUAUUGAAAUCUUUGGAGACGGGACGGAGAGAUUUUUUUAUUUAUGUUGCAGCGGUGUUCUCUGAACCGGUUCCCAAAGUCUCUCCUAUGUAUAAUUUAUCGCACUUGUUUGCAAAUGAUCGUGUAAAUCACGUUGCGACUUAUGCAGGUAAAGCCAUCUUUCAUUCUGAAAACUUCCAGAGGGAAAGUGAUCUUAUCAGUUUCGAUCACGUAGGGACAUGAGUUACCAGGGCUACGGUUGCAACGUGUUUUGCCCGUAUGAGCUUUAAUAGCAAGGAGGUGGCUUCUAACUAGCAUGUCCCUAAGGCUCUUGUCCCUCCGGAAAGCGAAAAGAGGAGGUUCUCUGCAAAUCUCAUUUGUGACAGGUUCGGCGAUAAAAAUUGAGUGGUUUAUCAGAACCAGAAAAAGAAUUUGUAGGUUAUGGGGAUGAAAAGUUAAAAUUAUUUUAGACUUAUCCCUAAUGUCAGAAUGAGUAGCUUUAAAAGGAUCCUGUACAGUCAUACCUUUAACUCGAGUGACAGCUGCUUUUAAAAUUUCUUUGUGGUAUAGCCUGCGUCGGAAAAAUCCAACAUUUCAAGGUUUUGCCAAGCAAUGAUCGGUUAGAAAACAUAACGCAUUACUGCGCGCCCCUAUUUUAAUUCGGUAAAAACAUAACGUCCACGUAAUCGGCGUCUUAUCUUGACAGGAUACACCUUAAUUUCCGUAAUUUUUUUCGUUGACAAAAAAUCUUCGCGGGCCGUAGUUUUGAGACCCCUGACUUACAGCAAGGGAAAAAUAUAAGUCAUCAAAAUACUAUUUUAAUUUAUACACACAAUUACAUAACGUCUCGUUCGGAAACAAACUCUCUCUCUCUAUCAGUCUCGCUGUAUCUAUCUGUUUAAAGCAUAAAGGUGUUUAUAAAGGAAUUAAAUCGGAACGUUCUAGUAAAUGAUUCUACAAAUUGUGUCAUCUAAUGGUAUUCUUGAGAACAAAUUGAGCACAUUUGAAUGUAAAUAACAUUUUCCCACCAAGAGGAGGGGUGAGUAAUGAUUGUCCAGCACAUGUACUCGAAGACCUAAAUAUAAAUAUGAUACUAGAAGACAAGUUUUGGUGGCUAAGUGAAGACUAAGCAACCCCUAUGCUAUAUUAAGCUAUAUAUAACAGCCCGCUUUAUCCUCGCAAAUAAUCUUACUUCGCCCUUUUGGCCCCCUUAAAAAGCAAAACUUAUUUUUAUUUGUAUCGAAUUUAAAGUGGGCAUUAAAAUAUUUUUUUCUGCAAUUGUUUUUACUAUCCCUUUAUCCAUGAAUUACAAUGAAAAACUACAAGGCUAACAGGAAGAUCCUAGGGCAGAAAUUUAAUUUUGAAUUUAACAAUAAUUUUAUUUUCGUUGAUCUAAUGGUAAUAAUUUAAAACCAUACAUCUAUAUUUGUCGGCGUCUAUAACUAUAAUUAAGGACUAUUAAAUAUAGCUGUCAUUUUUUUGUGGGCUAGAAGUUUCAAGGAGUAUCGUAUCAUUUGAAAUGUAUUGGCAUGUUAACAUUUGAAUGCUCUAAUUUCCACAUAUUCUUAUAUUAACUUUGUUGCUUAUUUUUAUCACUAUAUCAAAGGCCUCAGACCCGGUAAUUGUAAAGAAUCAAGCAAUAGUCUACGCGAAUAGGCCAUCAAUAACUUCUGGAUACAGAACAGAAUGUAACUUGACUUUGUCUGGCAACACUCUGGGACCUGGAACUCAUUUAUUUUAUGUUGUCAUGUAUCCUAAUGUCACAACGAAUUUCACAGUUAAUAUGAGAAGAUCAAGUAACUACACCGAUCCUAUUACAAUAAGUAAGUAUUAGAUAUACAAUAUAAGAUUUAUUGAUUUUCUAAGCAAAGAUAAUAAAAUAUUUAUUUUUCAUGGAAAUCAAAAAUUACUUUAAAAGCUACUAGAUUUUAAAAUAGUAUUGGGUAUAUUUGUUUUUUUUAGAUUAUCCUAAAGCUGCUCUGGCCGAGGACUGUCAAGUCAACGACUAUAUCAAAGAGAAUGAGACAAUAGUGUGCACAUGUUAUAACAAUAACACAAGUUUAUUCCCUACUAAAGUUUAUUGGUCGAAUGAAACCAGCAUUGAGGGGCGUUUGCCAAUUGUAGCUCGGAGACCAUUAACGGGUAAUUUUUUGUUUAAACUCAAUUUAGUUUCCCUUUUAGCUUUUAAGUACAUUUUAUUCAUAAAAAUGUAUCAUUCUUUCUUCAAUAUUUUUUUUAAAAUGACAAUCAAUUAAAUAUUAUUAAUCGAUUUAAUUUUAAACAUAGCGCUUGUUUGCUUUUCUUAAGAUGGCAUGUUAUACAAGUCACGUAUUACUCAUAGAUGGACAAUUUAAACAGAACUACUAAAAUUUUAAAAGCCUUGAUCUCCUUCAAAAAUAUUGUUUUACUCUUCCCAUGUGAAACAAUUAAAUAGUAAAACUUCAUUAUCUUGUUUUUGUCAAACCAUUUAUAUUUAAUCCGAAGUGCAAAGAAAAAAAAUAGCUUUAAAUAAAUAAAGAAUAGUCGAAAAAAUGACUUCAGUAGGAUAUCAUUUUUGUUCAUCAUGUGUACACACUUUACCUUCCAUAAGCUUGCUCUAUUCUACUUUUAAAAAAAUAAAAAAAAAAAAAAUUAAUUGAUAUUUAUAUAACUUUUCUGCUCCGUGCCAAUAAAAAGUUACACUAGGCGUAUAAAUUAAACUUUAGUACUUCCUUCUUAUAUAUAUAAUAUAUAUAUAUAUAUUAUAAUAAUAAAAAGGUUCAUUUGAAAAACACGCUUCAUCCCCAAAAGCUCGAAUCGCGGAACAAAGGCAUACACAUUAUAAAGAGAAAUAAAAACAAUCUAAAAUUUAUCACAUUUAAAAACAGACGCAACAAUAUAAAACUACAUACGAGCAUACCAAGUCAAUGUCUUUCAUCCGGUUUCAACCAUAAGCAACACAAGCCAGUAUGCAUUAACUGAAAAAGAUGGUAGAUAGCAUCACCCCAGAAGGUGUUUGCGAAAUAGAUGUGUUUUUUAUCGGUUUUAAAGGACUCCAGUGUCUGGCUGUUUCUGAGAGCGACUGGAAGGGCAUUCCAAAUUGUUUGCCACACAAAUGCAAAAGUGCGCUUUCCGUAAGUCUCAAGGCGAACACACUGUAUCGAUAUUUUGCCACUAUCGGAUGAGCGGAGCUCUCUAGUGGGUACAUAAUGCGUCAUGAGUGCUUUGAGAUAAGAUAGCGCCAGUUUAUGUAAGCAGCGGUAGCACAAAUUUGCAAUUCUGUACUAUAUAUAUAUAUAUAUGUGUGUGUGUGUGUGUGGUAAUGAGGGUCUUUUUUGUUUUGUUUGACUUUUCAAGUCCGAAAAACUCCUCGACUUAUAGUGUUGAAAUAUUCAAUAGUUGUUCUCUAUGAUCCUGGAGUCAGAAAAAGUUUGUCAAUAUUUGUUUUUAUAUAAGGUUGGCCCACGUUUAUCAAUAUGCGUAGUUGUAUUAUUAACAUGAGAUAUACAAAUAAAACAAGUGUCAUGAUUGAGUGGUACGGUUGGGUCGGUCAUGAUUGUUCAAAGUAAAUUUUUACAGUCGCCAAAAGAUGAACGCCUUUUCUGUGCCCCGUUCGUGAGUUAGCGUUGUUAAGUUUUAAUUAACUAAGCAUCUAAACGUUUUAAAAGGUAGCUUUAUUGGAAAAUCAUUCCUAGACCAUGGUUGGUAAACUUUUUCUUUUUUUUUUUUUACAUACCCAAAGAUGUGGUUAGUGAAAAGUAAAAAAAGACAUUGUUAGAAUAUUGUAGAUACUGUUGAUUCAUAGAGCGUAGUUGAUGCUAACAUUGAAAAUAAUUGUGAAAGCCCAGUUUCAAUAUUUAGAGAUUCAUGAAAUUUAGUAUAGUUUUCCAUAUAUUCAAUUUCCAUAUGCUUUAACAUCCUUCACCAUUAAUCUAUUAAACUACCAUUUUCCUUUUUUUCAUUCGUGAAAAAGAAAUUUUAUUUUUCUAAUAAGGUAGCAGGCAAUCAACACGUAUAUUAUCUACAAUCGAAUUAUGAAACUUUGCACACAUAUAUAACUGUACACUUUACUAACGGUUUUGCCAUCAUCAUGUCCCUUAGUCCUUGGACCGUUGGGACGCAACAGAUGACAUGUGAACUAUCCCCCUCCAUUCGUCUCUGUCUUCUGCACUACGCACACAAUCGCCUAGUGUUAGACAACAUUGUUUGAUGUUAUCCUCCCAUCUUUUUCUUUGUCUUCCUCUUCUUCUCCCUCCUCUUCUGGUGCUCUUCAAUAUUUCUUUGGCAAGCCCUUGUUACCUUGUUACGUGGCCAUAACAUUGAAGUUUGCGUUUUUCACAGUCAUCAGUAGGUCAUCGCACUACCCAAUUGCCUGGCGAACCCUUUCUUUCACUGUAUCAUUGGAGAUAUGGUCCCUAUGUGUGCAUAGUUUUAAUACAAUGAAAAUUGGAAAAAUUAAACAUUUUGAUAAUAAUUUUUAUUGUACAAACAUUUGAUUUAAAAACAAUAUUUUGUGUAUUGAAAACCAAAGGCGCCCCUCUUAAGCAGUCAAUUCGCCACAAUUGCAGUUGGUUAUAUGGUUUCCCACCUCAGCCCUAGAGAAACUUAGAGGGACUUAUCAUUUAGGGGGGUGUGCAUUCCCCUUGUUUCUAAUUUCCAAGGAUAAUGAAAUUAACGAUAUGUAUACAAUAAACAUCUGGUAGGUUUUUGAUUGUCUGUUAAAAUAUUGUUUUAUCAAUCGUACAUUUUAAAUUAUUGAUAAUAUAUAUAAAUUUAAAUUACCAAAAACAUGUUUAUAAUGUUAUAAAGAAUAAGCCGACAAUUUAAUAGAAAUAGUUAUGUUUAAAAUGGUGCACACUUUUGUGAUGGUAAAUAUUUCAAAUACAAUAUUAUAUUACCGGUUAUAAUGGAAAAGUUUAUGGUAAAAUACGCUUUUGUUUUCUAAUAAACACAAAGAUUGAUUAUGAACUCAUUUUUUUCUAUUCUCUUGAAAGUAAUUGCGGCCCCAAUUUAUUACGUACACAAGCUAUAUCACUUGAAUUUUUAACCUGUAUUAAUGACACAACAUUUAAAGGUAACCUCCAAUAUUUAUUGAAUGAUUUUGAUGGGCCUCGCUUUAUAUAAUAACUUUGAAAUAUGCUAUAUCCCUUUCUUUUAAGGUAUUGGGCCCAAUUUGAAAGUAGAAAAGACUAAUCUCUGGCAUUUUUCAAAUUUUUAAUCAGGCAACUUUUUAAGGUUUCCUGCCCCUCUUUCCUUUUCAGAGAUAACUUUGGCACCUUUUGGACCAAGCCACUCAAUCAAUUUUAAAAUUUUUAACACAAAGAGCUUUCAAUCGAUGUGCAACUUUAACAUUUUCUUUCAUAUUUGUUUAAAGGGUAUUCUUUGAUUGGAAAUUAGUGUUCCUAAUGGUUAUGUCCAAAGGCAUACAUUUUGAUAUACAAAUUUAAAACGUUACAGAUACCUUUUAAGGGGCCUCUCAACACAUUCUCAAUUUUUAAGAUAUCACUGAAUAUGUGUUUGAUUCUUUUUUUUUAUAGAGUCCCUUCUAAGUUUACAUUUUGGCAACUAUUUUAACGAUCUUUAGGUGUUAAAUAUCACAUCAAAUCCCUGAAAAAUGCCAAACUUUACAUGAUAAAUUGAUAUGUCUUAUUUUAGACCUGCCCUAAACCGGUAACAUUCAAUUGAAUAGCAAACUUAAAAGUACAUCAUGAAUAAUGGUUUUGGUGGCAUGGAAAAUUAAAUGAAAACUAUUGACAGAACAAUUUUGAGCUUCUAUAUUUUUAGAUCUCUUAUCAAGUGGUUAAUUAAAUUAUAACUUACGGUACAGACCCGUACGGAAUCUCUCAAUCCAAAUACAAAGUUUAAUCCUAGGGCACCUUAACCGAUGUAAAAAAUUAAAACUUUCCUUAGAUAUUUAUCUACACGCUUCAGGUGUGGAACUACUUUUAAAAUUAAAUAUAAGAUAUAGGAGACUGCAGUUAGGCCGUAUGUAUUCUAUGACACUUUUUUUGAGGCUGGGGCCUCUACCGUUUUUAAAGUAUUUAUGUUACCUUGAAUAUUUAAUUAAAUUGUUUUAACAGGGUUACUGUAAAGCAAUAAAGGAUAAGACACCCUAUGCAUGGGGCUGUUAUUUAAAGUUUGAGCCAAUUUAAACUCGGAAAAAGUAGGGCAUAUCAGUUAUAUAAACAUAUUGCUUGAUUAAUUGCUUUAUUUUGGCACUCUUUCAUUAAGGUGUGGGCUAUAUGGCCUAAGUCCCCUUUUAACCCAUUUAGAACUGUCAAAGUAGUAACAUUUAUUUAAUUUUUUAGUAUCAAGAGCAGUUUUGUCAGAUCUUGUAUAAAUGUUAUUAAAAUGAUUGUUAUGUAUAUUUUAAAAUACUCAAAAAUUUAAAGAGUAAGUUUCAUAUUUAAACUGAUUUUUUUAACAGUACUUAUAAAUCAAAAUAAUAACAACAUAAUGUUUUGUUUCUACUUUAAAAAAUACCUGUUAAGGUUUUCCGCCGAAUUGCGUCACAUUAGAAUUUAUAUAUAUAUAUAAAUAUAUAAAGCAGUGUAAUCAAAUUGAGAAAUACGGGUUGGGUAGGUGGGCGGGCACAGGAAAUCAACAUUAUAAUAAGAGCAAUUAAUUGACAGAUUAUCGAAUUAAUCGUCGUAAUCAAGUCUAAAAAAAGACGAAUAAUGUUCAAAAACUUUAUUGUUUUGAUUGGGAAUAUUAUUACAAUGUAAAGCAAAUAGGUGAUUAAUAGCUGCUGAUCGUAUCCUGGUAUAUUGUUUGCCCAAAGCAAUUUCAAUAUUUUAACUGUAAAAUCUUUAAAUAACGAUGGUUCCUUUCCAGAUGAUUGAUAUUUUAAAUUGAUUAUUAUUAACAUAAUUAAAGUUUAUAGGCUUUUGGGGGCUCUAAAAUGGUAUAAUCAUUUUAUUUCAAAAAAAUUAAUGGAAAUAAUUGGGAAUUAUAAAUAUGUUAUAUUUAAAUGAUAUGUUUUCAUUUUGGUCUUAUUUGCCUAAAUUCGAAAAAAAUUUAUCUCAUAAUUUAGGAUAAUUCUUGUGUGCUGGUUUUUCAAUCCAUCAUCGUAAAUAAAUGGUAAAUAUUCAUAUCAAAUUUCUUAAUUGUAAGGCUAUAGCUUUCUAUAAGAAAUAUGAUAUUGCUUCUUUUUGACCUUAUCCAACAGAUGCCCUAAUUUUGUAUACAUAAUUUGCUAUUACUGUUACAAAAUAUAGUCCCUAAUUUAAUUUUGAAUCUGUGGCCUAGCUAUGCUUAAUGCCAUCCGGAACACGCCAUGUGCUUUUGCACCCGCUAUUCAACCCCUCCGCCCAAAGCACUUUCUAAAAAUACCGCACUUCAAACGUCGUUGCAUAUUAGGAAAGUGAAUAUUCUGUUAAUAUUCGAUAUCUUAAUGAUCAUUUUCUGCCCUUCUCGUUCUUAUUAUAUCUAUUGAUUUUUAAUUUUUUUAAUAUUUUUUUUUCGAUGUUAACAAUUUGUUUCAGUUGAAGAGAAAUUUACAUGUUCUAUCUUUAACCGUCUAAAUUGGACAGAUGAAAUCGAUUAUAAACCAAACGUUGCUUGUGAGUUUUACUUAAAAAUUUUUGACAAACUUUUACGGCCAUUAAAAAAAAUAUUAAUAAUGAUUUAAACACUAAAAAUAACAACAUUUCACAUUUAUAAUGCAACAUGUAAAUUUAAAUAUUGCUUUUAUGCAUUGUUAAAAAAAUACAUUUAAAAUCUUGAAAUAAUUGGUAUAUUAAAUAAUAAUUUAAGAAAUGUAAUAUUUUUUCCGGAAGUGUAAAAAAUAUUAGUUUUAAAAAAGUAUAAUUUAUAAGUAUAACGACUGAAAUUCUUAUAAUUUUGUCCAUAUUUAUCUAUUUUUAGACGGCCCUGACAGAGUUAUUUUGAACUUGAAUAUCAGUGAUCUACAUCUUUGCAGUAAUAGGAGUAUAGAUAUAUAUGUAACUUGUUCAGUAAGUGACAGCAAUCCAGAACCUACUGUCUUUAUUGGUGUAGGUGAUUUAUCUAUUCAACAAACUCGUGGAAAGGAGAAAAAUGAAUAUAGUUUUAACACGACCAUUUUUUCUCCUGGAAACUUCAACAUUUCUUGCAGUGCUAAAAACCCUGUGUUUGGAAACAUUAUUUCAGCAAUGAAUCAGCCUAUAAAAAUUAACGGUAAAUAAAUAUAUGUCACAAAUAACCUUCUAAGUAUAUUUUUUAAAAUAAAUUUGUACUAUUUUAUCUCUUUCUUUAUAACAUUUUAAAUUAUGUAUAUCAAAAUAAACACAAUAAUAAAUAUAAAAAUGAAGCAAAUAUAUUUCAAGAACGAUCAGAACACUUUCAUCAAUGUUUGUUUUUUUCAAAUUAGUAUUUAUUUCUAAAGCUCCAAGUCAUUUUUUUAUUUCAUUUCCUUAGGGCCGACCGAAGCGUUUCUUGUAGCAAGCUCUAAAACGGACACACAUGUUAUCCAACCAGAAGGUUUUCUGUUAGUUUCUGAAGGAAUAAUGUCUAUCACUUGCCAAAUGACUGAAAUUCUUCUCAAUACUACAAUAGUUCUUCUUUGUGGAAAGCAAGAAAAUUAUACUACAAGUAUGUUGGCAUUCUCUAGUUAUUUUGCAGUAUGCUCAAAAAUUAACAAUACUUUAACUGUUGCAUCUUGCACGCGUACGUGCGUUUGUGAAAGGUGCGUACUUCCAACUACCACGUGGUUAAUGAAGUGUCAGAGAAGCUGUGUUGGGCAGUUGUUUUUGUAAAUGGAUUUCUCUACGGAGGAACAAAAAUUCAUAUUUGAGCACUAGUCAGAACUGGUCGUGAACUGGUCGUGAAUUGGGCCCUAAUGGGUAAGUGGUAUCAGUGUAAUUUCAUGAGAGCUUUAAUUAGAAAGCACCAAAAACCCAGCUAUCCUGUUUACUCCGCGUUUUUGGAGUGUAAUGUCUCAAAAGAAGGGUAAGAUUGGGAGGCCAGUAACUUUUUCGACAAUGGGGAAUCACGCAUGUAUCCUCCAGGAUAUUCUACGUUAGCCCCUGCGAAAACUGUUUUUGGGAAAAGGAGAGGGGUGUGUUACGACGAAAAUUUAAAGAUAGCAAAGAAGGUUUCUUUAACUCAGAGAAUGUCAAACUUUUUUCCCCACCACCACCUUUUUGUUACAUAAACAUAUCCUCAGCUCGCCUAAUUAUUAUUAAUCGAUAUCUUACAACAAAUAACUUAUUAUCAUUUAUAUAAUAAAAGUGCACCAGCACAAGCAUGUUGUUUAAAGUUUGCUAAGGACGACACAUGAUAUUGGCCCUCCGAAACCGCAAUUUCUUACUUUAGAAUACAGUGAAUAAAAAUAUUUCUACUUUUGGAAAAAGCUAAGUAGUUUUCAUGCAGUAAACAUACUGACCAAAUGAUUUUUUUUUUAAAUUAAAUAAUGUAACACAUCUACUCUGACAUCAUUUGUAACUUAGUGGGUUAUGUCAGUAGUAUGGUUACUUAUGUUAAUACUUCAGGAUGCCGACUAAGACUUCUUCAUUCUUUCACUUAUUAUCCAGGCACGCAAAGAAGAAUACUCAAUUCUGGUUAAAACUUACAGUACUUUAUUGAACACACUUUAUACUGAUANCCUUGCGCUCAGCCCUGACUAUCUCAGUCAACUCAUACUUUAUUACCAGCAAAGCGUGGAAAACAACCGCUCUGACAAAAACAUAAUUUUACUCUCCAAAAACGUGGAGCUCACAUUGUCCUCUCAAAAUACAAUUCACUCUCUCUCUCGUGGAAAAACAUGGUCAACACAAUUCACUGUUCACUCAUGCUACCUCUGUUUUCAUGUGAAAACAUUGUCCGUUACAAAUAAUAAUAUUUAUUAUAUAAUUAUUGAACACGACCACUAUUUCAAGCUAAAGAUAUAAGUCAAUUCAUAGAAACUUUUUUUGUGUGGUAGUUGUAAUUUAUUUUAUAUAACUAUUUUAUUGGAAUCUUUUUAUAUUAAAAUUUACAAAAAAAGUCUGAAAAAUAUCUUGCCAUUUUAAAAAUACAUUUUAUUGGGAUGGUUAUCCUUAAAAUAGUUUUUUUGUUUCCCAUACAGAUGAAGAUGUGGUUUUUCUUGCUUUAAACAUUUCAAAAGAAACUGAGAGCCUAACUUGCAUAUGUACUUUCUGGCCCAGGCCAUAUUGUCAGAGGAAUGCAUUCUAUUUUAAUAUCAAAAUAAAUCAAGGUACGUUUCACUCCUUAAAUGUCACAAUAAAUAUGCCUGUAAUAAUUUAGAUUUUGUUUUUAUCACACAUUAUGAUUCUUUUACAUUAUGCUCUGUCUGUCUGAAAAAAUUGUAUACUGGAAUAUAUUUUUAUGACAAUAUAUAAUUAAAUUUUCUAUAGUUGUUUUUCAACUAUGCAUACAUUGCUUUUUAAUAUCUGCAGCCAUCACUAGUGAUUCUAGUAUUGCAGGACCAGUCUUAAUAGUUGGUUGGACACUAGCUGCAUUUUUUGGUGUCGUUUUAUUUAUUUCAAUAGCAUCGUUCGCCUACAGACAUAAAUGUGAGUGAAAUUUUACAAUUAAAUUUUUAUAUUAUGAAACUUAUGAAAUAUUUAACUUAUGAAAUAUCUAAGUCAUAGUAUGUUGCAAUAGUCAUGUUGCUUUUGAACAAACGGUGCUGAAAUUUGGCGAUUUAAUGUGUAUGUCUAUGUGUAAUGCAAGCAAAGUUAAAUCGGAAGAUUUACGGAAAUAACAGUUUACCCGUAAUUAUCAUUUAAUUAAAUUUAACUUUAAAAAAAAAAUAAUUAAUACAUAUUUAAUAAUUUGGGAUCAUACUUGUAACAGCACGACUUUGCAUAAACUCAUUUGACAUUAUGCUGACAACACUUUUGGCAAUGCAGAUGGAGAGAUAUAUUAUAGGAGCAUAUAUAUGGACUUAAUUUUGUGGGAGAAAGGGAAAAAAAUGAGAGUGGCCAUCUUGAGGGUGUGUACAAUUUCUAUCUCUAGCAGGAGGUUGUGUAUAAUUUUUGUAAUCACUUGGAUUACUUUCCCUAUAGUUGGAAUGUUUGUUGCAAGAUAUUUGGAAGGAAAUAGACCCACUUUCCGUUAUCAUGUCGAGCUGAAACUUGAAUCAUCGCCUAUGAUAACAUAUGUAUUCAAGUGUUCAGCCUCAACCCAUACCACCAAAAUCGGUUUUUUUUCCUUGUUUUUCAAGGGGGAGAUAAAUGAAAUAAGAUUUUUCAAUGGGAGGGAGUUUUGGUGUGGAUAUUAAUUAUGUAUCAUUUGCUUGUAUUUCUGAGAUAUUUGAGUUUAAAUAUAUAUAUUGAUAUAUGAUUUUUAGCUGCAGUAAGUUUAAUAAAAAACAUUUCUAUACCAUAAAUCAGUUGAUGCAAUCACAUAAAUAAUAAAUCACUUGCAAUCAACUAAAUGAAAACACGUGGUAAAUAGACUUACUUCAUGUUAUGUUCGAGUUAUUUAUCAAGUACCUAAAGUUAACUAAAGAAAAGAGAGGUCCGGUGGCAACUAUAACCGAUGAUUGCAAUAAACGAAACGUGCAACAGUAACAGUUGCUAAAAAAUGGUUAAAAUCAACCGUUUCAAGCGUGUAAUAUAAUGUAUGAACUAUUACUAUGCAUGUUCAUGAACGGAAUUAAUUCAUCUUAUUACAAUCAUUACUUCUUCAUUUACAGACUUUCUUUUAUUAAUAUAAAAUGCCCUCAUCCAAUUAUCAUGCAAUUUGACAUUUUAAAUAUAAUAUGCAUGAUCGAUAUUGUAAACAUAUUCAUCAUAGUUGUUUUUGCAUUUAACUGCUGACAUUUCAUAUUACCAUUUUCAUCGCCAUACAUUAAAACUAAACUUUAUUUUUCACAACACAAAUUGCAAUUAAAAAUUAAAAGUACUUGUAAAAGUAUCCUAUUCAUUUCAGUUUUGGGGAAGAAUGGAAACAAUCAAAGUGUAGGAACUUUAAAGUAAGUAGGCAGGUGCAUAUUACCAUUUUACUUUUAAUUAACUUAAAAUCUAAUUUUUUUAUUACUUUUUUUAAAUUAUUUUUUUUAAAAAUAAAAUCCUUUUGGUUGCAACUUUUCAAUUAAGAAAUAAUUAAAUCUUUGGUGAAAAAAAUCAUGCGUGAAAUAAUUAUUGUUAAUUUUUUUUUAAAAAUAAACAUAAAUGAACAUGAAACAUAAAGAUUAACAUUACUUUAAAAGCAAAAUAUAAAAUUUAAAAUAAUAUAUACUUUGUAUGCAUAAAAUUUUUUUGUAAAUACAUUUAUUAACUGGUCUAUCCUCUCUCUAAUACAGUGAAAGUUCUGCUUAUUCCAAUCUACAGGGUAAUUUUGUAUAUAUGUUAAAUAGCAAGUCAAGUUAUUUUAUUGAUUACAUGAAUUUACUGUGCAUAUUUUUAUAUUUAGAAUAAUACUUAUAAUGAGCCUAUUUCGUCGUUAACAUUUUUAUUAAUUUACAAUGAUUGAUUUCUCAAAAUACUUUAUUAUCUAGUAAGAUAAUGCCCAGAUACAUAUGAUCAAUUGAAAGUUCAAAGUUAAUACAACCCAAAAAGAUUCUAAAUCUACGUAGGCGCCGAAUAAAUAAGGAUUCUUUUUUUUUCCUUUAGGAAUUAAAUAUUUUUAUUUUAAAUUUCCAAAAUCCGUUGUUUUGGGCCACAAAAAACAAAUCAAAACAUUUCCAAGAAAAUUAACUAUCGAAUAUGUUUCAUACAGCACUAUAAAGGAAAUCAUUUGUUAUACCAGAAAAAUUGAAUUGUUGUGUGCGUGCGUGCGAGUGUUUGAGCUGAGGCUACGCGAUUUUAAUUUUUAAAAGCACUUGAAGGAUUAGAAAGCUCCGUAAUUCAUUAGAAUAUGGCGAACUUCACAAAUCAUUACUAUUUAAAUCAAAGGCAUACCUGAACUAUUAAAUUUUACAAUUCUAUAUUUUUCCUAAUAUUCGCUCCAAAAUAUAUUCCUAUUAAAGUGAUGUUAGCAGCAAAGUAUCAGACUUACUCAAUAAGUCAAAUAAUAAUGCAUGCUUCACUUAAUAGAACGCUUUAUUUCCAGGAAUUUGAUUUUUUUAAAAUACAUUAGCAACUUUUUUUUUUUUCAUUGGGUUUAAAAAAAAAUUCCUCCUCAGAUCAACAAGGACGCGAGGGAUCAAAUCAGUACAAUUAUGAAACUCCCGUUUUCCGCGAAAACAAUGCCAUCAACACAGAAGCAACAUCAUCAUUUGAUGGUAAAUAUAAGCAUUCAUAAUACAUGAGUGAUUAUUGAAUUAUUGAAAUAACAUUUUCUUGUACGCAUCAUUGUCAGGUAUGCUAAAAUAAAGUAUUAAAAAAAUAACACAUUUUUCCCCCUUCGUGUUAGAUUUAAUUGUAGUUUUUGUUUCUGAAAAAAAAAUUAUUUAUUUUUUUAUAUUUCUUCAUUUUUUACUUUUUUAAAAAUUAUUUUAAUUAGGAAAUAUUGAUGAUAGUUUUGUUACAUUAUUUUUAAAACAAACUAUAAUUGUUCAGUAGCAAUCAAAAUGAUUUUAAUCAAUUUCGUAUUUAAAUUGUCAAUUUUCAAAUGCAUUAUCUCGCAUAAUAAUGAAAAUGCGUGAAAUAUGUAAAACAAAAUAAUAAAAGUUGUAUCGUUUAAUGUUUAAAUUAUUUAAUCUUGUAUUCAUUUCAUGAAUUGUCAUUUAUUUAUUUUUUCUCUCUUCAGUUUACAAUACAGACCCGUAUUUAAAUACUGAAGAACAGCCUUACAUGGAAGUAACAGAUUCUUUAUAACUCAAACACAAUUUUAUACGCUUUAAAGGCUCGAAAGCAGCAUGUGUGAAUGUUAAAAUGAGUAAAACAAAGUAGGGUUAAACCUGAAAAAAAAACUGCAACAAAUGACAACUAUGGAAAUGUACCCUAAUAUAUAUAUAUUUAUAAUAAAAUGCUGUAAAAUAUUGAUACGUGAUACAUUCGAUAGGG